UUUUCGCGGCAUCAGUUUCCCCUCUCGACCUGGUAGGUGGUCGGUUUCUAAAACCCUUGCUCGCUCGUUCGCCCCUUCGGAAAAACCCUAACCCCUAACGGCCCAUCGCCUCUCUCCUCCUCCCGUCCCCAGCUCCCAUGGCGAAUCCGAGCUCUUGGACACCCCACGUCGAGGCCUUCGUCGACACUUCUCGCCCUCCGAGCGAACAUGUUGCUAGUAUUGAGGCGACUACGAAGCUGGUGAAUAACGACCUUUUAUCCCUUUUAGACUUGGUAAAAGAGAUGGAGAUGUAUCUAACCACCUCCGACCACGUUAUCCGAUCAAGAGGUAUUCUAUUUCUAGCAGAAGUUCUUGCUCGUAUUACAUCAAAGCCAUUAGACAGCGUCUCCGUGAGUUGCUUGGCAGAAUUCUUCACAUCGAGGCUGUCAGAUUGGCAAGCUUUGCGUGGAGCAUUAGUCGGUUGCUUGGCUCUUUUGCGCAGAAAAGGAAGCCUUGGCACUAUUGCAAUCAGCAAUGCUAGAAAACUUGCUCAGUCUUUCUUUAUGUAUGUUCAAGUGCAGUCUUUGACAGUGAACGACCGUAAGCUAAGUUUUGAAGUACUUCAUUGCCUAUUGGAGGAGUAUCCUGAUGCAGUAGUAGUACUGGGUGAUGAGCUUCUUUAUGGGAUAUGUGAAGCAGUUGAUGAAGAAAAAGAUCCUGAUUGCUUGAUGCUUUCUUUUCAACUAGUGGAAAUUGUAAUCCGGUUAUUUCCAGAUCCAUCUGAUUUAGUUACACGCUUCGCGGGUGAUAUUUUUGAGAUUUUGAGCAAAUACUUUCCUGUCUAUUUCACACAUGGAGGAGGUGAUGAGUUGCAUGCUACAAGAGAUGACCUUUCUAGGGCAUUAAUGAACGCAUUCUGUUCUACUCCAAAUUUUGAGCCAUUUGCCAUCCCUCUGCUCCUUGACAAACUUUCGUCGUCUCUUCAAUCAGCGAAGCUUGAUUCUUUGAAAUAUCUUACCAAUUGCCUCCGCUGCUAUGGAGCUGAUAGAAUGUUGAAGCAUUCUAAGGCUAUAUGGUUGAAUCUAAAAGAUGUGAUUUUCAGUUUUCCACCACAGAGACCUUUGGUAUUAACUACUGAAUCAUCUCAAGAUACAGAAAGGGUGGAACACCAAAUAGGAAAAGAAGCUCUCAGUUGUCUGCAAACUGCCAUGCUGUGCCUAACUUCUCCAGAUAAAGAUGUUUUCAUUAAUUUGAUUUUGGAAGAUGAGGAUGUUGUAAAAAGAUUUGGUUUUGUCUUGAAUGAAGGAUAUUCUGUCGGUACUUCAGUUGAUAUUCAUGGUCAACUAAAUGCCCUUGGUAGUAUCUUCUCUACUAUAUCAAAGUCGUCCACAUAUUUCUGCACCAGAGUGUUUCAAAAAUAUUUUCCUUGCUUGUUGGACUUCUUGGGAGUUUCUAGGAGUGGUGCAUCUUAUAGUAUCGAAAUGAACAAUGUAAAUUUUCCUGGUAGAGUAAAUAAUGCAGCACUAUAUCUGUGCAAUGAUAUCCUUUCAGCUUGUAAAGAACUGACUUUGGAUUCUUUGGUGUUCUCUCAAGAUAUUCUAGAGCAGGACACCUGGUGGCAUGUGCUCAAAAGAUUUUCUGACUCUUUAAGUUAUUUUGCUGGAUCAUUGGUGACUACAUGCAAUGAAGCUGCAAAUUCACAGAUUCAGCAAGCAGUUACACAUUCAAAGAUUCAGCAAGAAUCCAUUCUUUACAGCAUGAAGGUUCUGCAGACACUUGCAACAUUUCCCGAACACUACUCUCCAAUAUCAGAAAGUGUUUAUCACGAUAUUCUAUUGAUGCUCAUAUCAGUAGUUACGUGCAAGUAUGAUGAUGUCUAUCUGUGGAAUUUGUCACUGAAGACAUUAGGACAAAUUGGUUCAUCUAUUGAAGAUAUUCAUGAUUCUGCGAAAGGAACAAUUUACAGUAGGACUGUUGUUGAAAGGGCUAUUUCUCUGCUUCAAGUUGAUGAUACCGCCCUGCCUCUUUCCCUAAAACUAGAUGUGGUUUCUGAAAUUGGUGCAAUUGCGCUGGAUCCUAUGUCAAGAGUACUUAAAGCACUUGAAGAAGCUAUUGUUUUCCACAUAUCCAAGGCUUGUGUUGAUGGAAGAACAGAAUCUGCUGAGACUGCAAUUUGUCUGCUUGAGUGUUACUCCUGUAAGUUGCUUCCACGGUUCUGCACUCUGCAGGACUUCGAUGAAGUUCUGGUGCUAUUUGCUAUCCGACUUUGGGAGCAGAUGGAGAGUUUAGUAGCUUCAAAGAAUGAAAUAAAAGUUCAGGGUCUUCUUGAUUCAUUAAUGAUGACAAUGAAGCUUUUAGUUGCUAGCUGUAGUGAAGAACAACAAAGCUUAAUUGUUAAGAGAGCUUAUACUAUAGUAUCAGCAGUAAAAUGUCUUCCGCUGCAACCAUUCUCUCCGUCAUCCAAGUUAGAAGAGUUACGGAUCUCCCCUGGUUUUUCGAUACAUAACUGGCUUGUUUCUCUCUUUGCAUCAGUGGUAAUAGCACUUCGUCCACAGACGACUUUGCCAGAUGUGGAUAUACUCUUGAAUAUGUUUAUAGUAUUCCUCCUCGAGGGACAGUUACCAGCAGCUCAGGCAUUGGCUUCUAUUCUGAACAAGUGGCCUUCAAAUGGUAACAUAUCAGAACUUUCUAGUGUGUAUACAUUCGAUCAAGCGAUUGACCUUGUUCUUGAGAAGUGUUUCACAGUUUUAAGUAGCAGCAGCUUUUUGGCAAAUUUCUAUUCUUCUAAUGAUUCCAAAAUAAAUGCAAUUGCUGGGCUGGCAUGGGUUGGCAAGGGUUUGCUUAUGAGAGGACAUGAAAAGGUGAAGGAAAUAACAAUGUUUUUUUUAAAGUGCUUACUUUCAAGUCAAAACAGUGAGAUCAUGCAGUUGAACCAAAAAGAACUGGAUGCCCGCUCUCUUCUUGCAACAUCUGCAGCAGAUGCGUUCCAACUCAUAAUGAGUGAUUCAGAUGUUUGCUUGAGUAAGCAGUUCCAUGCUACAACCAAGCCACUUUAUAAACAGCGCUUCUUUUCAAGCUUGAUACCUGUUCUUCUCUCUUCAGUCAAGGAAUAUGCUACAAUGAACACAAAUUACAGAACUGUACUUUAUAGAGCUUUUGGGCAUCUUAUAUCAAAUACUCCACUAGCUGCUGUUGUCGCCGAAUCCCAUAAGAUUGUACCUACACUGGUGGAUUGCUUAGGUAUUCUGAGUCUCAACACUCAGAACAAAGAUCUGAUUUAUAGUUUGUUGCUGGUCUUAUCUGGAAUCCUGAUGGAUAAAAAUGGAAAAGAACACAUCACAGAGAACAUUCAUCUUGUCAUCAACCUCCUCGCCAAACUUGUUUUGUACCCUCAUAUGAUGCUUGUUCGGGAGACGGCACUUCAAUGUCUUGUAGCAAUGUCAGGGCUUCCUCACUCAAGAAUUUAUCCCAUGCGACUGCAGGUAUUACGUGCUGUAACCAAGGCUCUAGACGAUAAGAAAUGGGCCGUUCGUCAAGAGGCUGUCAGAUGUCGACAAGCAUGGGCAUCAAUUGCUUAAAGAAGCCUCAAUUAUUGAGGCCAUAGGAGCGGCAGGUCUGUGAAGAGUUACAGCAGCUGGUGGUGUUCUUAAAACAAAUCAUCAUAUAGGUUCUUAAAACAAAUCAUCAUAUAGACAUGUUUCUCUAGGAUCAGGGCUUAAUUUAUCAGAGUUACUCAUGAAUCUGACGGACUUCUCUUUGGAAGGAGCACAAUCAUCUUUCGAAUCAGUGCUUAUCGGCGAAGCAAGGGCUACAGCUGUUGACGUAAAUAGCUUGUGUACGAAGUGUUAAUGGUAGAAACAGAAGAACGGCACGUACUAAUUGGUUAAUCUCUACAUCAUUAUUCCACAUUCUAUCUAUCAUUUAAGACAUGGCGUGAUGAUUAUAUUAUAGCAGUGUAAGCUGUACCUUUCAUAUUCUCCUUGUGUACAUUCAUUCGUCCGGAAUUUUUGUUUCCCUAAAUUCAGUAGUUGUAGAUGUGGGGAAGUAAAAGCUGGCCCCGCGUUCCCAAGGAUCUUUGUAUAUUAUUAUGGCGUAAUCUAGUAGCUCGUAGCUGUUGCGUAGCAGAGUUACUCAUGUGUAUAUCAUGGUUGUGGUACGGUGGAAUUAUUAUUAUUAUUAUUAACAAGAAAGGAUGAUGAAAUCUUAUGCGGCG